GCCAGUCACAUCACAACGAGCUCGCCAACCAACAACAACGUGAGACACAGCAGGCAAGCAAGAGUGCGUGGUGCACCUUGAUUGAUGUUGACGUGAGAGGAGAGCACCUGUUGCACCAACAACCAACAACAAACAAACAACGAUGGGUGGCAACAAGCAGAAGCAGAGCUCCAUCUCCCGGUUCUUUGCGCGCAAAAAGGCGGUGGCAGCCAAAGCAAAGAAGGCCAGCUCCACCAGUGCAAACAGUAGCAGCGGCAGCAGCACGGGUGCCUCCAAGUUCUUUGGCGGUGCGUCAAGCAAUGGUGACGGGACCAACGGCACGACAAGCCAGGCCACCAAGCCUGCCGCUCCUCUCUCCCCAAAGAUUACAAAAGCAGUGGAUGCACUGAGCGAUUUCCUCCCUUCCACAAAGCGAGCCAAGACAGAUCGCGCCAGCACCCCAAGCAAGCCGGCGGUGGCCGGCGCAAAACCAGACAUUGCCACAUCAAGCGCAAAGCGCAAAGUGGAGCUGAGUCCUGUCCCCGAGAAAAGCGCAAAGCUGGAUGUGCACUCGUUCUUGCGGGCAGACACACACAAGCAGCGCAAAAGCGCCACAGGCCUGCCUGGCUUUGAGGUCCCCAAAGGCGCCAAGCUCACGCCGCUCGAACAACAGUUCUUGGACGUGAAGCGCAAGCAUCCCAACUCGGUGCUGCUGGUGGAGGUUGGAUACAAGUAUCAGUUCUUCGGUCGCGAUGCGGAGAUUGCUGCCGAUGUCCUCAACAUCUUCUGCGCGUCAGGACACAACAACUUCAAGAUUGCCAGCAUCCCCGUGCACCGCCUGUUUGUACACGUGCGCCGUCUCGUUGAUGCCGGAUACAAGGUUGGUGUUGUGAAACAGACGGAGACAGCUGCCUUGAAGAAAGCCAGUGCGAACAAGAGCAAACCCUUCACCCGCAAGCUCGCAGCCAUGUACACAAAGGGCACGCUGAUUGGCGAGGAUGUUGACGUUGGCGAUGACGCGGCAGACGUCAAUGAGACGGGGUACCUGUGCUGCCUGUGUGAAGACAUUAAGGACGAAGCAGGGGAGAACACAACCGUUGGCCUUGUUGCCGUCAACUGCACCACAGGCGAUCUGAUUUACGACGAAUUCAGCGAUGAUGUCAGCAGAGCAGCGCUGGACACGCGCCUGGCACACAUCAGCCCUGUGGAAGUUUUGCUGCCGAAGAAUUUGCACUCGAGAACUGCCCGCCUCAUCCACGCGUUUCACUCAGACGGCGUACGGGAGGAGCGGUUGUCCGAUGACCAUUUUGACGUCACGCGUGCAGCCAGCGUCAUCACGGACUUUUUCUCCGAUUCUCCGCACACAGCAUCCCCAACCGCCGCCACACCACCAUCACCAUCAUCAAAAUCCACCGCCACCACCACUUCAGCAGCAGCGAAGAAUGCGACAAUUGUGAGCACAAUGCUGUCGCUGCCACCGCGCGUGCUUGCAUGCAUGGCUGCACUCCUCCACCAUCUCAAGGCCUUCAACCUCGAACGUGUCCUCGCUCUCACUUCCUCCCUCCGCAGAUUCACAACAACAGGGCGGGAGAUGAUUCUCAACGCGUGUACGCUUAAGAACCUCGACGUGCUGCGGGAACAGUCGACGGGGUCGCACCAGGGCUCGCUGCUGUGGCUGCUGGACCACACGUGCACGUCCUUUGGGCGCCGCCUUCUGCGCCACUGGGUUGCACGCCCUCUCGUCUCCUUCACGGACAUUGAGGAGCGGCAGCGUACGGUUGAGCUCUUCUCGUCCGCGUUUCAGACCGGCGCUGACGACCUGCGCUCGCUCCUGUCCGGAAUUCCGGACAUUGAACGCGGCCUCCUCACCGUCUACUCACAACGGAGCUCUCCGCGCGAGUUCCACGCAUUGGUGACGGCAAUGUCCCGUGUGCGGGAGCAUUUCGUCAUGCUCCAAGCACACAGCGUUUUGAAACGGUCCUCCCUCCUCUCCAAACUCGUGGAGACGGUGUGUGAUGCGCUCGAGACGGCGACCAACUAUGUCGGCAUGAUGAAGAAGGAGGCGGCAGAGAAGAACGACAAGAUCGACUUGCUCGUGGACUGCCACCACAUCUUCCCGACGAAACGCCCGCUGGAGGAACAGCUCACCACCGUCAAACACGAGUUGGCGACACACAAGCGCACCAUUUGCCGCACCCUCGGCCUGAACGCGUUUGAAUACACGUGUGUGAGUGGCGAGGAUUAUCUCAUCGAAGUACCCCGCUCCCGCUCGUCCAUUGUUCCAAAGGACUGGAGAACCAUCAGCGCCACAAAGCAGAAAGUUCGGUACCGCUCACAAUUCAUCCACGAACGCCUUGAGGUGAUGGCGCAGUGCAACGAGCAGCUGCAGAUUGACGCAGCAGAGGCGUGGCGCAAGUUCAUGGAGUCGUUUUCUGCGUCAUAUGACGAGCUUCGUCGCGGCAUCAAAGCGCUGGCUACGCUCGACUGCCUCCUCUCGCUCGCCCACACCGCAAAGCUGCCGGGAUAUGUCAAGCCAACGCUCCUCAGCCACGCUCCCAGCGGUGUGGGCGGCAACCACGCCGGGGAAGGCUGCAACCACACCAGCACCCCACCAGACGCCACCACCACCACCAGCAGUAGCAGUGUGCAUGGUGGUAGUGGUGGUGGUGGUGGUGGUGGUGGUGGUGUGCAAAGCGUGCGUGGCCGUGCUGCGAGGAAGAGCAGCGCGCCGCAUCUGCACAUUGUCAACGGACGCCAUCCAAUGGUGGCCGCUGUGCUCGACGACCAGUUUGUGCCAAACUCAACACACAUGGACGGAGAUGGUGUGCGCUGCAUGGUGAUUACUGGCCCCAAUAUGGGCGGCAAGAGCUCAUACAUCAAGCAGGUUGCGCUGAUUGUGAUGAUGGCCCAGCUUGGAUGCUUUGUUCCCGCAGACAGUGCAGAGCUCACGCUCGUCACCAACAUCUACACCAGGAUGGGUGCCUCUGAUGACAUUGAGCGCGGGCAGAGCACAUUCAUGACGGAACUGCGUGAGGCGUCGGAAGCGCUGUGCAACGCAGACACGCAUUCACUCGUCAUCAUGGACGAGCUUGGCAGAGGCACGUCCACGCACGACGGCGUCGCCAUUGCCCACGCAACGUUGAAAUAUCUCAUCGACAAGCUGCGGUGCCUGUCGCUGUUUGUCACGCACUACCCGAGCUUGGCGGAGGUCACGGCGCUGUAUCCGCAGCACGUCCUCUGCUCACACAUGAGCUUCGUCGAGCAACAAGACGACGACAAACAAGCCAUGGCUGCCAACAGUGCUCUCAACAAGGGAGCUGGUGUCCAUGACAACGGCGACAACGAUGAUGAUGAUGAUGAUGAUGAUGAUGGUGAUGAUGAUGAUGUCGCAGCGUUGGAGAUCAUCACUGCUGGCGAUACCAAUGACACGACUGUGCGGGAGGGAGCCACAACACCGCCGCCACCAUCAACAUCCGUGCCCCCAUCGGCACAGCCGCCACAGCGCGUUCUCUUCCUGCACCAGCUCGUCAAGGGCCUGGCGAAGAAAAGCUACGGCCUCAACGUCGCCCGCCUCGCUUGCUUGCCCGAGAGCGUGUUGGCGCGGGCCACGGAGAAGAGCCACGAGCUUGAGUGCGUCGUCCAGGCCAGACGGCGAAGCGAGCAGCAGUCGAAUAUGGAGCUGUUUGCACAGGCGCUGCUGCAAACGGAGGAUGCGCAGAGUGCCGUCAACCUGCUCUCCGCCAUCCAGCACUACAAAGCAUAGCCAACCCCACGCGCACAUGCAUUGGGGUGCUUGGUUUGAGUGCUUGGUUUGCUUGUGAGACGCGUCGCGGCUGACUUGACGACGCUGUCGUCACUGUUGCUGUUGCUGCUGCUGUCGAUGUUGUUGGUGACGAUGAUGAUGAUGAUGUGAAAUAAACGAACGAACCCGAACCCGA